AUGGCCACCCAGAAGACGCCGGAGGAGCGCCCUGUAACGAGAAGAAGUACCCGGGCGAAGACUCUGUCGCCCGGGUCGACACUAGAGAAGAAGAUGAAGGGGGACGGACCUGCCACCCUACCGUCCCCCAUUACAGGGCGCACCGGGAGAAGGAACCUUCUCCCUGCUAUAGCCGAGGCGUCGCCAGCUAUACCAGCGGCGCCGGUGGAGGGACCGAAGAGUGGAGGAGGAGGAGGAAGAAGAAGACAAGUAGGUGAAGAGGAGGAGGACUGGCGGGACGUCACGCCGCGGAACAGGAGGAGAAGGGCUGGGCGGCAACAAGAGGAGGGAGCAUUGACGACCCCGUCACCGAAGACGCCGGCGCGGCAGCCACGGCAAGAUCAGCAAGUGCAACACGAAGAGGAUGUGGUCUGGGGGUCACGCGUGGUAAGGACCCCUACGGAGACGGAGCAGAGGCCUCGUAGUAAACCUCUGACUGUCGAUAGGGCUACUAGCCCUAUCGACUUUAACAACAAUAUUUCUAGUCAAUGUUCUUGUGAUCGUCCUAGUUUAAGAAUAACCGCCAGCAGCGCGACUAAUUGCCCCGGGUCAAACCGGGGCUCUGUUUUCAGAUCGAAUGAGCAGAACAGGAGGGGCCGAGGGGGCACCAUUAACAACACUAACAAUAGAAGCUCCCGCGAAACAAUUACACAAAGAGUACCCCCCAGAGGUCGGGCCCCACAGUCGCCCGCGACGCACCGGCGGGGGAGGAUGACGCCCCCGACUUCACCUGAGCGCCGGGGAUCCCGGAGAGGGCGCGAUCCGCGUCGGGACACACGGCUCCCUGAUGCCGUCUCACACGCCGGCCGACUCGACGAACCGACCCCCGACACCGACCGACCCGAAGGGCUCCGUAGGAGCACGAGGGCAGCGAUAGGUGUCGAAAGGGCAGGUCUCACUGAGGAAGCCGAAACGGUGACGACGCUUCAGGCGCUGGAGGACUUCGCUGCGAAAGUGGCGGAGUUCUUCGUUAAGCAUCGGGCCGUGGAUACCGAACGGGCCGCAAAUCCAGCCACCAGUGGGAGGGGUGGCCGGCCACGACCGGCUGCGAGGAGGGAAGGCGAGUCUCACCGUCCGAGGGACAGUUCGACGACGACCGGUACUCCUGCCGACCGCGAGGAAUAUGUUCGGGAGGCGACGCGCAUUCAGCGCUUGUUCCGUGCGAACCGGAAGCGUGCGGUGCGAGAGGUCCUGAAAGGGUCCUCUCCACACUGUGAGGUGUCGAAGGACGCAGUCCAGCGACACUUCGCAGAUAUGUAUGCUCUCCGGGAUCGCGCGGAGCCCCUCCCGACUAUCCAUUACGAGACAGCACAGGGGAGUGACGCUCUGGUGUCGACAUGUACGGCCACCGAGGUGAGCCGCCGCCUGGACCGGAUGAAGAAAUCUUCUCCGGGUCCCGACGGCGUAACCUACGGUGAUUUGCGCGAUGUCGACCCAGGCGCCACGCUUCUAACGGCGCUAUUCAACGCCUGUCUUAGGAUGGAGCAUAUUCCGCGCGUUUGGAAGGAGUCAAACACCGUUCUUAUUUAUAAGAAGGGUGACCGGGAUGACUUGUCCAACUGGAGACCACUCGCGAUGGGUGAUACUGUGCCGAAACUCUUCGCCGCUGUUAUGGCCGACCGCCUCACUCACUGGGCCGUACAAAACCGACGGCUCUCACGAGGCCAGAAGGGCUUCCUGCCGUACGAGGGGUGCCUUGAGCACAACUUCGUGCUGCAGGAAUGCAUCGCCGACGCCCGGAGAAGAAAAGGGGAACUGGUGGUGGCGUGGCUGGAUCUUUCCAAUGCUUUUGGAUCGAUCCCGCACGCCACUAUCCUGGAGUCGCUCACCAACGCCGGGGUGCCGCGGGCGAUGACAAAUAUCGUCGCCAGUAUGUAUACAGACUGCGCGACGAGGGUCCGUACCGCUGAGGGGUACACUGAUAGAAUCCCAAUAAGAUCGGGAGUAAAGCAGGGCUGCCCCCUUAGCCCUAUCCUGUUUAAUUUAGCGCUAGAGCCGGUCGUCCGCGCAGCCGAAGACUCCACAACAGGCUACAACAUCGCGGGAGAAAGGAUUGUGGAGCUCGCCUAUGCGGACGACAUCGCGCUGCUGGCGGAGAGCGAAGAGGAGAUGAGGGUUUUGCUUCGAGAAAUUGAGAAGAUUGCAGCCAACCUGGGUCUCGCCUUUAAUGCAAAGAAAUGUGCAACCCUACACAUAAGAGGCCGGGACGACGUACUGGACACCGUGUACCGUAUCCAGGAGGAACCCGUUCCGGCUCUGGAAAAAGGUGAGUCUUACCAACACCUAGGGAUCCCAACCGGGGUUCAGCUUGAUCAGACGCCCUACACCACGAUCCGAGGCGUGUUGGAGGAUCUGGGCGCGCUGGACAGUUCACUCCUUGCCCCCUGGCAGAGAGUCGAGGCGCUGGCGACAUUUAUUGUCCCGCGUCUCGAUUUCCUGCUGAGGGGAGCCAAUAUGCGGCGAACGAUCCUGUCGGAGCUUGACAAGGCUAUCAAGCGGACGGUUAAGCUAUGGCUCCACUUGCCCCAGCGCGCUAGCCCGGAGGUAGUCCACAUUCCCCCGUCACUGGGAGGAUGUGGGCUCCCUCCGAUAGCAGACCUCGCUGAGGUCACGGCCGUGGCCCACGCAUUCAGGAUGCUGAAUGCUAAGGACCCGGUCGUGGCUCGUAUCGCGAGGUCCACGCUGGAAGCUGCCGCGAGCGAGAAGCUUCGUCGAGCUCCGACUGAUCGGGAUCUUGCCCAGUACCUGUCGGGCUCUUUGGCCGGGGACUGGUCAAGACCAACGACUGGUCGUUCGUCGUUUUGGUCGAGGGUGCGGUCCGUCGCGCUGAGAUCCGGAGCGCGUCUCGGUUUUCGCUGGGAGUGGUGCGAUGAUCGAGCUGAACUCGCGAUUGUCAUGGAAUCCCGAAACGGACGUCGGGUAGUCGUGCCGCCUCUUGCCAAGGCACAUGUCAUCACCAGGAUGAGGGCUGCAGUGACGGAGCACUACGUGUCCUCGCUUCUUCGGAAGUCGGACCAAGGUAAGGUUUUCCAGGCAACCACCCAACAUGCGGUGAGCAAUCGCUUCAUGAGGGGUGGCGCGUUUAUCCGCUUUGCUGAUUGGAGGUUUAUCCAUCGCGCCCGCCUCGACGUGCUCCCGUUAAACGGAGCCCGUCGAUGGGGGAGCGAUGAUAAGCGCUGCAGGCGAUGCGGAUACACGCUGGAAGGCCUUCCUCAUGUGCUCUGCCACUGCGGUCCUCAUUCUGCCGCCAGGCAGAGACGGCACGACAACCUCGUCCUGAGGUUGAGUAAGGCGAUCCGGCUUCCCGGUGAGAUCCGGAUCAACAGGCGUGUCCCCGGGGCGACAGGAGAGUCUUCGGCGCUUCGCCCGGACAUCGUGGUCACGCACGAAGCGUCGAAGACCAUUGUACUGGUCGAUGUAGCCGUGCCCUUCGAAAAUACGAUGCAGGCCAUCGUAGAGGCAAGAUUCGAGAAAAUUAACAAGUACCAGCAACUAGCUGAUUCUCUGAAAGGGCGCGGCUACAAAGUGUACCUAGAUGCUUUCAUUGUGGGCGCCCUGGGCGCCUGGGAUCCGGGGAACGAGUUCCUCCUGGAACUACUUAGAAUCUCGCCGCGAUACGCAUCAUUGAUGCGGAAACUGAUGGUCGCUGAAACAAUCGCGUGGUCCCGGGACAUGUAUGUUGAGCAUGUCUCGGGCAUUAGACAGUACACGGUGUCCAGUACUGAAAACCAUAAUGAAAACCAUAAUAAUAGCAACAGGGUCAACGUCGACGAACUGGAAGGCGAGGCCCGCGUACCCUCAUCUCCUCCCCACGUCUGA